GAACCUCGGAGCCCUUGGCAGCCUUUCAAAGCCAGGAUUUCCUCAGAGGGGGAAGGAAAGAAGGAAGGAAGGAAGGAAAGAAAGAAAAAAGGAAGGACCAGCAGGGAUCCGUCCUGCGACCCCAGAAAUGGUCCCGUGAAGGAAGAGGCUCCUGGAGACCCCCAAAGUCCCUGGAGCCCUUUGGAGCUGUUCUGCGGGAGAGAAGAAUGAUGGAGACACCCCCUUUGGCCAAGGAGGGGAGCAGAAAAGGCCCUGCAGCUCUUCAGCCUGAGAGCUGUGGGAAGAGCUGGACCAGAACUGGGCAGAAGAUCCUGCAGGAGGGAAUCAUCCUCAGUUCAGAAGUUCCACCCUGGACCUCCAUCCAAUACCAGGAGGCUGAGGGUCCCCGAGACCUUUGCAGCCAACUCCAUGACUUGUGCAGGCGAUGGCUGAGCCCAGGAAAGCACAGCAAAGCCCAGAUGCUGGACCUGGUGGUUCUGGAACGGCUCCUGGCUCUCCUGCCCCCAGAGAUGGAGGGCUGGGUGAGGGAGUGUGGAGCAGAGAGCAGUUCGCAGGCAGUGGCCCUGGUGGAAGGCUUCCUCCUGAGCCAGGCGGAGGAGCAGAAGAAGCAUCUCCAGUGUCAGUUCUGCACUGUGGAGAUCAGAGAUCCUGAGGGAAAGAAGAACCCAUCAAAUCCCACUGAGGAGCUAUUUUUCAGGAGGAUCCCUUGGGAAGAUCCAAGUCAGGACACCUCAGGAGAGAAACAAAGAAUGAAGUUUUCUAGUUUUUAUGAGGAAGAUCAAACGGCAGUUGAACCUUCAAAUCAAGAGGGUCUUGUGUCCUUCAAGGACGUGGCUGUGUAUUUCUCUGAGGAGGAAUGGUCUCAGCUGGAUCCUGACCAGAAAGCGCUGCAUUCGGAAGUCAUGCUUGAAAACCAUAGGAAUGUGGUCUCUUUGG